UCUGUAUUCUGGUUGUUUGGUGCACGUCAACGGUUACGCAAUUAAUCCUAAACUGCGCCCCUCCCCUUCGAUAAAACGCUAAUCUGUGAGCACAAACCCACCCCCGGCUGAGAAGCCAUCACUCCUCUCUGCGCGCCGCUGAGCACCCACCCCGCUGAGCACCCCUCUUUUCGCAACUUCCCAUCUCGCCGCUGAGCCAGCCCAACACGCCAUUAUCUCAGGCAAACCUGUGAUCCUUGCCAUAGAUCUUGAGGUUGACCUGUGGUGUGCUAUUAUUAGAAGGGAUUAACAAGAGUCACCAUAAUGGCUACAAGACUUAUGUUUGAGAAUUCUUGUGAAGUUGGAGUAUUUUCAAAACUAACAAAUGCAUAUUGUUUGGUGGGAAUCGGAGGGUCAGAAAACUUUUACAGCACAUUUGAAGCAGAAUUAGCAGAUGUCAUUCCUGUGGUUAAAACAUCCAUUUCAGGCACAAGAAUAAUUGGACGGCUUUGUGUGGGUAACAAGAAGGGGCUUCUCUUGCCACACAACACCACGGAUCAAGAGCUCUAUCAUUUGAGGAACAGUUUGCCUGAUCAAGUGGUUGUUCAGCGCAUUGACGAGCGAUUAUCAGCAUUGGGAAAUUGUAUAGUUUGCAAUGACCAUGUUGCUCUUGCACAUACCGAUCUAGACAAGUUAACAGAGGAGUUGAUUGCGGAUGUCCUUGGUGUUGAAGUUUUCAGGCAGACCAUUGCGGGUAAUAUCCUAGUGGGUAGUUAUUGUGCAUUCUCCAACAUGGGUGGCCUGGUCCAUCCCCACACCUCCAUUGAAGACUUGGAUGAGCUUUCGACUCUUCUACAGGUGCCUCUUGUUGCUGGCACUGUUAACAGGGGAAGUGAGGUGGUGGGAGCUGGCCUUUGUGUGAACGAUUGGACUGCUUUUUGUGGGGCAGAUACCACUGCAACUGAGCUUUCUGUUAUUGAGAGCGUGUUCAAGCUCAGAGAAGCCCAACCGACUGCCAUAGUUGAUGAGAUGAGGAGGUCUCUUAUUGACACGUUUGUCUAAGUUAUUCGAGAUACCAUUUGAUUCUUCUUGUGCUACUCAAUGCGGUAAUGCUAACAGCCUAAGAAAUUCAGACUUAGAUUAGCCCCUGUUUCUAUAUUUUCAGGUGGGCUUUUUUUUUAAAUCGAUGUUUAGUUUCGCACUUUAUAAUGUAGUGGACUUGUAUUUAUAGUAAUGCAGAAAAAACUGUACACAUGAUGAGGUGCUAUUUCUUUGAUUCUGUGGAUUUGAUUCAUAAUGGUCUUGACAAGGUGAGUCGUUUGAUUA